AUGUCCGAAGUUGCCACCUCACCGCGAACACUCUCAACUGCGAACCGAGCAAGUUUCGAGCAAUCGACCGUCUCGGACGUGAUUCGACUGGCCGAAGCGCGAACUGGCGGCUAUCGUAAUCGAGCACGUUUCUUGUAUGAAACCGACUCGGUGGGAUGUGUUCUGGACGCGAUACUCACUCAAGACAACUGCAAAUGCCUCUUCAUCAAAGGCAUCAAUAACGAUCAACUGAUCGGCGCUGUCUCCCUGUCCGAUAUUAUCACCUAUAUUCUCGAUGAU